AUGAAGUGGAUCCAUCGCGAUGUAAGCGGAUAUCUCAUCGUAAGCUGGUGUUCUUCAAAGACUGACCUGUGAUAGAUCAAGCCAGACAACUUCCUCAUCAGCGCUUCCGGCCACCUGAAGAUCUCCGACUUCGGACUCGCCUUCAACGGACACUGGGCACAUAGUCAGACAUACUACAAUGGUCAGCGCGAGACGCUCCUUGAGAAGAUCGGCAUCAAAAUCAAGGGCGAUGAACAAGACGAGGCCGACGACCUGAUGUAUCAGUCGGAUGGAGCAGACGGACGAUGUCCCAUCAAGUCACCCAAACCAGACCCUGAUGAGGGUGCAAGGCGAGAAGGGCUGUUGAAUUGGCGAAACCGUACGGAGCGUCGGAAAAUGGCACGCAGUGUCGUUGGGACAAGUCAAUACAUGGCACCAGAGGUCGACAUAUUCCGCCUGUUUCUAGCAAGUGCAACGCUGACUUUGGAUCCCAGGUCAUCCAGGGACAGCCCUAUGAUGGACGCUGCGACUGGUGGAGCAUCGGCAUCAUCCUCUACGAAUGCCUCUGGGGACGCACACCCUUCUACUGCGAGAACCGACAGCUGACCAAACAGAGCAUCGUGGCGCAUAGGUUGACGUUGCAGUUCCCUUGUAGAGAACGGGUUGCAAGACCGACAUCUGAUAGACCUCGGCGGCUGCCACCACCGAGUGAUCUCGCCAUCGAUCUUCUUCAGGGGAUCCUCGCGGACAAAGAAGCCCGGUUGAGCUCAAGGCAGUAAGAAGCCCGCAUCACAGACAAACGAGAGGGAAAUAUUGAUUUGUUUCGUGUCCAGAUACCGCUACGCAGAAGCUCGCCUCUCCCGCCGUCACUCCUCUGCAUCCAACACCAGCCCUCUCUCCCGUCACGUCUACUCCAGCGGCGCCGAAGAAAUCAAAGCUCACAGAUUCUUCGACGGAAUUCCCUGGUCGCAAAUGCACCUGACCCACCCGCCUUUCGUCCCUCGCGUCCGCGAGAAUCAGUCCAUCACCAAGUACUUCGAAGACGAGCAGGAGAUUCUCAAUGACACGAGCGCUUCCAGCGAAGAAGCAGCUUCGGCGAAGGACCACCCGGCCACGGCCAGAGAAGACUUCGCCGGUCUCGAUGAGAAAGAAGUGCUCGCCGCUCUGGGCGAGCGGGACUUCUCGAGAUGGAAAGAGGAAAGAUUGAGGAGGGAGCAUGUCGAACUGGGCAUCGAACAUUGUCCGAAUCCGGGUGAAGAAUUGAGAAGGAUCAAGGAGCAUUACGGGCCCCGGUACGAAGCCUGGAAAGCCCACCGGAUUGUCGAAAUUGCGGAAGAGAAGGCGCUGCGAGGCCCGCAGGCACCGCCAGCAGCGGCGGCGGCGGCGACGGAAGAGCAGAGAAGGCAGAAGGAAAAGAAACGGCCCCGGGACAAGAUGUUGAGGGAUCCUGUCGUUGGGCGAAAAGUUUUGGAGUUGAGGAAGAAGGGGGCGUUUUUUGGUUAUACUUAUCGCAGACCCAAGACUGUUGUUCUGGAGGGUGUUGAUGGGUAUGCAGUUGGUGGUGGUGCAAGUCCGUUGGCGGCGCGGAAUAGGGAUAGGAGGAUGAGGGCUCCGAGGGGGUUUGAAAGGCCGAGUAUCUUGAAGGUAAACGAGGGGGUGGAGGCGAACGAGAACGGGGAGGAAGUGGAGAGGACCUAG